AUGGCCGAUCCUCCCCGCCUGCACAUUCCUGUCGCGCAACAGUCUUUCAAGCGCUCCUUCGAGGAAUUUGGCUUUGAUCUCGACUCGCCACAAGAGUCGAAUAUAAACGAAGCGUCCGGUUCAGGGUCGGGCGCAGCCUCGGGCUCGGGCUCGGGCGCCAACCACGGUGGAAACGGGAACAAUGGCGGGAGCGAGAGGAGCAAGCGGCAGAGAAGCGACGAUCCGAACGCGAGCACCAGCGACGGCGGCUCUGAAUAUAUGUCCUUCUCGGCGUCCGAGGCCUCCGACUCGUUCGUAUCGCUCCCUGCCGGUCCGUCCGAGCGCUCACUCAGCGGCGGCGCCGGCCCGUCCAACCUCAGUACUGUCUGGUCGCCGCCUGAUCUGGAUAGCCACUGGGAGGAUGUGGACAUGCUCUCGGCAUCUCUGCCCGCUGAACCACUGGCUGGUCCCAGUACUUCGGCUGCCCAGCCUGCAGGGGCGGUGGCCAGGGAAGACGAGGAGCCGAACAGCUUCCAGCGCUCAAUCGAGCGCUUCAACGAGUUCAAUUCGAAUAUAUCUAUCAUACGCCCUUCGCGCUCAAGGCCUAGCAGCCCUCCACCUGUCCUGCCGCCCUUAUCUCUCCCGCCGUCCGAGCUUGAGCCCGUCGACAGAGAUGAUACAGCUACACCUGAGCCCGAAUCCUCGAUAACUGGUAUUCCCAGUAUCGCUGAGAUGAUUUCAAGCCGGAGUGCCAUGGGAGAGUGGAUACGCGCGAGACGUAGAGGGAAUCCACGCGCCUCGUUCCAUGAUCAACCACUAUCACGCUCGAGCUCCCCCGGCGGAAGCGUGUCACGCACGAGCGUUCCAAGGCCAUCUUCAGCAACGCGAGUACGCUUUGCUGAGACUGCGCCCGUGCCCGUACAGCCGUUCGAACGUGCAUCUCAAGGCCCUCCCUCAACCCUCGAUCACCAGCGAACCGGCGAGCGCGGACAUGACGCACAACGAGACGGCAACAUACGAUCAAGCGUCUUCACGGAGGUCGCAAGGCGUUCGUACGCUUCAUUCGGAGCGCCAUCCUCGUCUUCGAGCAGCGCCCAGCCGAGCCUCCGCAGGGAAGGUCGGGGUUCGCCGAGUGGUGAACCUGCUAUCAGGUCCAGAAUACGAUUUGCCGACAGUCCACCGGUAGACAAUGAGACAGAUGAGGAGGUUGACGCCGUAGUCGUCGCCGAUGCUGGCACCUUGCGACGUCGAGAGGAGCUCGAGGCGAUAGACGAGGUCUAUGCGCUUAUGCAUGAGGAUGAGGCGAGGCAGGAUGAUGCCUCUCGACCCCCGCGACUACCGUCGCCGGAUGUGAGGACAGCCCACGAGCGACGUCAAGAGGCACGAGAGCGCCGAAGGAUAAAUCAAGCUUUCGCGCUUAUGCGUGACGACGAGGCCGAACGCGCCGUCCCACCGCAGGCUAUACGCUUACCAUCCCCUGUGGCGCUAGCCCAUGGGCAACGUCAACAAGACCAAGUUUUCGCGCUCGUGCGUGCUCUAGCGGCCAGGCGCGAAAGCGAAGAAGCCUCACGUCCCCCUCGAUUACCGUCGCCCGCAGUGUCCGGAGACCACGACUCAGACUUCGAGGAAAUACUGUUCAGAGGGCCUCUCGCUGACCACACGGGGAGUACUUCGACAUUAAGCAGCUCGGAGUCGCGCAGGUCAUCAAGCUCGGCGUCUCUUGAUGGGACGACGGCUGGGUUACUAGCGAGGAGACAUCGUGAGCGCCAGGCAGUUCGACACGCAGGAGCGAGAUCAAGUCAAGGGCCCUCCAGUUCAGGCCAGGCAGCUAUGCGCGUUGCCUUCCGCACUCUUUCUGAAUCACCGUCGCCUACGCGAUCGGGGAGACGGGUAUCCUUCGUCCCUUCGCCCGCGAUAUCGCGCUCGCGCUCCCCUUCUCUCUCUGCACGAGCACCCUCUCGAACCUGGACGUAUUCGGAUCUACCAUCGAGCGCGGGUUGGGUGGAAAGAUCGCAGCGCACUGAUGAACUCCUCGGUCGUGUGAACACCGUGACAAACACUCUUCGACAACGCCGUGCUCAACUGGACGCUGAAGUAACGGAAGAAUUGCAGGCACGUCGACUUCGGGACAGAGAUCAAGAGGAACGGGAUUUGUGGCUGGAGCGAGUACACUCCAGAGGUCCUGAACGUCUUCCCAUGCCAGAACCAUUGGUAGACUCUGAUGAGUCCGACAUUGACCGGGAGGUACAAGAGUACGAGACUUAUCUCCGGAGAAGGAGACGUCCUGCUUCUGCGCGACCAGCGGGAGGCAUCCGAAGAGUCGCCUCAGGCCGCGAGCGUGAGGCACCAAGUGGCAGCCGGGAUAGGCGGGAUGUUCGGGUGCCCACGCCUCCGCCUGUACUGGAGGACAUCGGCGUUACAUCCCGCCGGCGUGCGGACAGCGGGGAUAGCUCCUUCGAACAGCUCAUGGCAGACUGGACUACGCCUGCUCCCGGUCUCGUGCGACUCGAGCGCUCCUCGCAGAGUACCAGUGAUCGCUCAUCUGGUCUGCGCUCUGCGCCGCCCGAGCGUACACGCUCACCUUCCAUCUCACCCAUAGAGCGCUUCGAGGCGUUUGUCAAUAGGGAUGUAAACGUGCUUCAUCGUCCGCCUCCGGCUUCGGCUAGCGAAGAGUUCGUUCGCUCGACGCACGGCGAUGCCAUGAGCCCUCCUCGACUUGACUUCCGCGAUGAACCGCUGUCCCCACCGUUGGCCGCCGUGCUGCCCGAACUAUCGCCAGAGCUCGAUGAGGACCGACGUGUGCAUUUCCGUACACCCAGCACACCGUCCCGUAUGAGCUUCUCGGAUCGCCAUCAUCCGGAAAUGCUCUGGGAACCGCGGGAAAAUGCCGGCGCUCCCCGUGAGCGUCCGAGCUCUUCAGCGUCAAUGCGGCCGCCGACGUUGCAAGGGUCCUCUAGAGGGCAUCGCAGCGGUCCCACGCCAUUCGUUCCCCCUCCGCGUCCAUCCACUGCUGAGGAUGUAACGCGUUCUGACGACCACAUCAUACACCCGCUCCUGCGCCGCCGCUCGACGACUCGCAAUACAGCUGGCAGGCCCACGACGCAGCCCGCCUCGAGCGCAAGACAUCGCCCGCCGUCUGUCGCGACUCUUCGUGAGAUGUUGAUACCAGAGCUGGAUCUGGACGAUGAUUGGGCGUUCCAGUCGGAGUCCGCCGAGUGGGGUCCGGAGGUCUUUCCGCUCAGUUCUGCCUCCGAGCUCAGGCGCCGGAGCAUGAACAGCGCUCCUCGGAGAUCCAGCCCUCAGCGUACAAGCCCAUCCGUCUCGAGAAAUGCGGUGCAUAUCGCUCAUCAUCCGCGCCCACUCUCGCCCAUCAGCGUCGUUGAUGACGGGCCUCCCCCUCUUAAUUUCGUCGAACAAGGUCGUGCAGCUCGCGAGUCUAUGCCCGCGUUGUCUCCGUAUCAUCCACCACAAUGGCCACGAAGCUCAACUUCGAGGUCGGCGAGCGAAAUGUACGCAAGAGCCAUGCGCGGAGAUCCUCCCUCCAGCUUUUUCUCGGAUGCAUCAGGAAGCAACUCUUCGGCGCCUAGCGAGUCUCGCGAGUCUGGCUCCAGGACGUCUGAUCCCCGCCGACGGACCCAAGUCCGCGAUCCCUUCCCUCGCGGCUAUGGAGAGCGUAUACCUGCGCCCGGUAGCGCCGAAGCCAGACGUCUACGUUCAAGCCCACCUCCCGCUCCUCCGCCUCCGCGUCGGCGCGUCAUUUUGGGCAGUAGUGUAACUGCAACAAGGACCCGCAGUGCGGCUGUGGAAAACCUGGACGAGCUCAUUGGUAGAUCUCGUCGUCAGCGCCUGUCCGCUGAAUCGUCGAACGCUGCACAGAGCGGAGAGGCUCCGCCCUCACUUCCGCCUCUGCCAACGCUCGAUGUGGAUCUCAACCCGGUGCCCUCUGCGCCGACGGAGCCACGAUCAAGUUCGAGUAUGGAUGCAUCACCUCCCCCCUUGGAUGAGCCUCUCGCCUCUGAGCUUCGGCGGGGCCAAGAGCGUCAUCAGCAGCGUAUUCGGGAGAUGCAAGAGGCGGCGCGUACUGCGCGCAUGCAAGCGAUGCAUGCGGCCAGCGAGUUGCGCCAACGUUAUCCACCAACGACAUCGCCCUCUGGAGAAGCGGACGAAGUACACUCGACAUUGAACCGCCAAGCCUCGCGCCGUGGCGUUACGCCAUCGACCGAGAUACUCGAAGACCUGUUGCGAUCCCGCCGGGAACUUGAAGUUGGGCAGUUGCCUGUUCUGCGACUCGGUGGUGGUGGUUCUCCUGCUUGGGGAGAGGUCGCGGCGGGCAGCGAUCAUACAUCGGCCCGGCUGAAUGCUACGCGCGCUUUCCUUCGUCGUGGGCGCUUCUCUAUCGGACGAGUAGGCGAGGCACCACGACUCAUAAGACCGUUCUCUGAUUUCAUGCGUGACGAGGACUUCGACUCUAGCUAUGAGAACCUGCUCCGUCUCGAGACUCUUAUCGGCGACGCGCGACCACGCAGGACUGACGAGGCUACGCUCAAAGCUAUGCCGAAGGGUAAGUACGCAGAAUGGAAGCGUGAGGGUAGUGAUGAGCGCUGUCCCAUCUGCCUCGACGAUUAUGCACCAGAUGACGAUUUGCUUAAAGUUCCGAGCUGCAAUCAUUGGCUUCAUCAAGGUUGCCUUGAGCAAUGGCUGCAGAGUGCAUCGACUUGCCCUGUGUGUCGCGGUCGCGUGGGCAACAAUGCAACUGCAUCUGGUUCUUCAGCGCGGACGCAAGCAACGUCACGUGUCACUAUGCGCCGUGACACGUUGUACAGGCGCGCGAUGUACACGCCGCCUGAGGACAUUGAACGCGCACAAGCUGGGCGUCGUAGCGACCCAGCAGGUCCACGCCGCUCCGUUCCUCGCACUACGGUCCCCCCUACUCGCCCUCCGGCUUCGACCUCGAUGCCUUCCGGUCCACCAACGUCGAGUACACGACUUCCUCCUCCUCCUCCUCCUCCCUGGGCCGUCCGAAUGCGCCCCCCACACCGCAUGAGUCGACAAUCUGAACCAAUUGAUCUCACCCUUGACAUGUCCGACGAAGAGGGGACUGAUGUUGAAUUCAUGAUUCCUCCAUGGACGGGCAGAAGGUCUUCGACGAACCGGGGAGAUGGGUCCACCACCUCCGGGCCCUCAACGUCGACUCCGAAUGCGACAGAAGCCGCACCGGCUCCUUCGACAUAUAUCCCUACACCGGCCUUCAUACCCGUAACAGCGCUACCUACUCCCUCAUCACCAACCACACCUUCUGUGCCGGUAGAACUGCCGGAUAUUGAACCCCCUGCACCUGCUUCGGCCCCGGCAGAUUGGACACCCGACGGCAUGGAUGUGGACAGUGACGACGACUUGUAUUUCUAA